GUAGUUAAAUUGCUUCCACAUCAUGAACUGGUUGUAUGUAAGCAUGUAUGUAAGUAAAUAAGCAAAUUUAAGAAAUGGACGUUUUUUACUACACAGGCUAUUAUGUUAGCCUUCUUUUUAUCCCGUUUGUGACGUACAUACUGGUCUUUAGAAAAAAUCGAGUUAGUUUAUAUAGUGGCCGAGAUUGGCUCUACAUUCCAAAGUUUUAUUUUGCGAAAAGGGAAGUUAAAACAUACCAGGAAGUGUACAAAAAUAAAAUUAAAAAAUUAGGUGGCAAACUAGAGACGGAAAUAAAUGUAUCGUCAACAGAGUGUACAGACUCCCAACACUUUUAUGGAAUUGACGAAUUGGGAAAUUCGUUAAAUUUUAAAUUAGAAAUUGGUGUAGAUCAUAUAGCUGAAGCUAGCAUACAUCUCAGAUUAAAUGAUGGCAAUACGUAUGUAUUUCCAGGAGCCAAAGGUAUUAACCAAACAAAUUUACCAAAAAAUUCAUGGAAAAUUGCUGGAUUCAAUUUGGAAACCUUGGAACCUUACAGAAAAAUUAGAAUAACUUUCAACGGACUUCUUAAAAAUAUAUCUUGCGUAGACUAUGACAAAAUAGAACAUGUCCAAUUUAAUUUCAUAUUUACAUCUUUUGGGACACCUUUUUACAUUCCACAAGACAUAGAUAGUUCUUUGUAUGCAGCAGCCUUAGCUAAAGAAUAUUGGAGAGACAGCUCGUGGAAAGAUGAUAUGAUCGAACAAAUGGGUUUUGAGUAUUUUGGUGCAAUGAAAGGAUUUGUCAAAGGGGAUUCUUAUACAGAAGAAUUAAUUUUAAAUCUGCCAACUAGCAGAUCAAGGUACAAAGGUAUUGCUGAUAGAUUUUUAGUGAGAAGAAUGAUUAGAAUAUUAAUCUGUGAUGAAUAUGGAAAUAUGUUUAAUAUUACAACGAAGUCUUUUAAGAAUGGAUGCUCUGAAUUUAACUAUGGCUUCGCAUAUCUUAGUAAUGAAAAGAGAUAUCCCAUCACCGAUAUAGAUUUGAAAUUACACCAUAUUGCCGAAAAUAAAUUAUUUCCAGAUUGUAUCAAAACUAACAUAAUUGUGAAUGACAAAACUUAUGUUUUAAUUAUUUAUUUACACAAAAAUAAAAUUAUAAAAUCUGUAAACGACAACAAAUAUGGAUACGAAUAUUAUUCAAUACCAGCUGAAUGUCUAGUUAAUACAUUUAAAGGUGCAGCUGCUAUUGAGUUCUAUUAUGAAAAACAAGGUAAAGAAAUAUAUAUUCCUACAAAAAAAUUAAAAGAAAAAGUUGUAAAAGAAUUGCCACUAAACUUUGUAACAGAUAUACAAGAUGAAGAAUCUCAUAUAUUAGAUCUUACAGGUGGAAAAGGGAAUUCAUUAGGACUUCUAUCAUCUUUAAAUUCUGAUUCUUUUAUCAUACCAGAUGGAUUCAUAAUCACUGUUCAAGCAUAUAGGCACCAGCUAGCAAACAAUGGAAAUUUGAGAAAUUCCAUUUCUAGAUUAAAUGAUAUAUGUUGUGGUAAAAUAGAAGGCAACUUAGAAGAGUCUUGUAAAGAAGUUACUAUGAGUUUUAAAAAUGUCCAAAUUGACUCGAAAGUGCAAGAAAAUAUUAUUAAUCAGCUAAAAAAGUAUGCCGAAGGAGAUGAAUUUUUGGGAUGGGCUGUAAGAUCCUCCGCAAUUGGUGAAGAUUCUGACGAGUUAUCAGCAGCUGGUCAAAAUGAUACUUUUUUAGGAUGUCAAACAGAAAACGAAAUUUUGGAAGCUGUCAGCGCUUGUUGGGCGUCUUUAUAUACCUAUCAAAGUGUGCAGUAUAGAUGGCAACAUGGGCUCCACGUGGUUACUGAUAUGGCAGUGGUAGUGCAAAAAAUGGUUAAGUCAGAUUCGGCUGGAGUCUUAUUUACGAAUCAUCCUUCUACUUUAAAUCCAUCUCAAAUGGUCAUUACUUCAAAUUUCGGUUUAGGAGAGACCGUAGUCUCUGGCGAUAGUGAUCCUGACACCUUCAUUCUCAAUAGGACAUGGGACGGAAAAAUUUGUUUGAUAGAUAAAAUCCUAGGAUCAAAAAAUAAAGUACUAAAAGUGACCUCUAGCGGUUUAGAACAAAUAAUUAAGGAGCAAAAUGCCCAAAACUGGAGUAUUUCCGAAAAUCAGGCGGUGCAAAUUGGAAAAGUAGGUUUAUUUUUAGAAGAAGCGUUUGGUAAUCCCAGAUAUAUUGAGUGGGCUUUUUAUAAGGAAAAAUUAUAUUUGCUCCAAUCUCGUGCCAUUACCACAUUAAACGUUUGGACUGAUUUUGAGUUAAGCCAUGAAAUGGAUACUCCUUUAAGGACAAAAAAUGGUAUUUAUACAACUGCCAAUGUAAAGGAAGUCAUUCCAAAAGGAGUUACAGUAUUAUCACAAACCAGUACGCUAACAUGCCUAGAUUGGGCAUUGCAGAAAUUUGUUCAACAGAAUUUUGACCCUCUGUCGCUCAAAGGAAUGAUUACUCAUCAACAUAACAUCUUGCUAGAUGUUAUUAUGUCUCUAUAUAAAACUGUUCAUGCAAAAAUUCACAUUACUUCCUUAAUUGUGGAUCUAGCUGUUUUUGGUCACCCUGUACUAAACGAAAGUAUUCAUGAAAUGACAAAAAACAGAAUGGGUCUUUCACCAUCUUUAGCUCAUGGAACAGAACUAAUACGAGUCAUGAAAAACGCUUGGAAAAAUAUUGCUGGAGAAUCUAAAAAAAUUGUGGAUAGCUUAAAUUUUGAUUUGUCUGAAAAUGAUCCCGUCUUAGUCAAUUAUAAUAAAAUCGAAGGGAAUUUUGAAGGUAUAUCCGAAGUAGCUCAUUUUCAUUCAAAAACUACUGCUAUCUCCGUCUUUUAUCAAAUUAUAGCUAUAAAUAUUAUGCUAGAAGGAAAAACAGUUUUAGAAUUGACAACAGAACACAUAUCAGAUAUUGCAUCAAUUCUUUCUUCAUGUAAUGACGUAAUUUCCGCAGAAGUACCAAAAUACCUUGAAGGAAUUGCAAAAAUUAUAAAAGAAGCUGAAUUUACGGAAAUUUUUUCGCAAAUUGAACCAAGUGAGGGAGCAAACUGGUUAAAUAACAACUGUCAUAAGGCGUACGAGUUGCUAAUAGAAUUCUUGAAUAAACAUGGACACAGAAAUUUAGGAGAGAUGGAAGUAAUGGAAGAAUCGUGGAGGGAAAAUCCAUCUAUAAUAAUAACCAUGAUACAGGCUAACCUAAAGAGCGAAAGAAAGAAAAAAGAAACAUUAAGUGUGGAUGAAAUUAUUAAAAAUUUAAAAUCGCCCAAAAAAAAUUUGACAAGGACUAUUAUAAAAUUUAUGGUGAAAAAAAUGGGAACAGCAGUUGGUGCCAGAGAACUUACUAAGUCAGAAAUGAUAAGAGCUUUUGAUAAACUGAGACAGGCUUACAGAUUUUUAGGGAAACAAAUGGUACGAAAUGGAUAUUUACCUUCUAAAGAUUUAAUCUACCACCUUACUCAUAAGGAAAUUGGUUAUUUGCUAGAAAAAAGAAAUCCUGGUUUAAUAACAAAGGCCAUCAGAAGACAGAGAUUGUACCCAGUGUGGCAGAAAUUGCAAUUUCCAGAAAUUAUGGAAGGAAUUCCUAAACCUGAAGAAGAUUCUAGUACCCCAAUAACUUCUUUAGUCGGAAUAUGUAAGGGAUCACCUGUUUGCACCGGAAUAGUAAAAGCCAGAGCUUGUGUCAUCAGAAGCCUGGAUGAAAUACACCAAUUACAAACAGGCGACAUUUUAUUAACAUAUAGUACUGAUAUUGGUUGGUCUCCCUAUUUUCCAAUGUUGAGUGGAAUAGCUACAGAACUUGGAGGCUUAGUAUCACAUGGUGCAGUAGUAGCUAGAGAAUAUGGUUUGCCAUGUGUCGUAGGAGUGCGAAAUAUUACUAAAUAUUUUAAAACUGGCGAUAUCAUACAGUUGAACGGGAAUAAUGGAGAAAUUGGUAAAAUUUAAUAAAAAUGUGAUUGCUAAAAUAGUUUUUUAUUUCUAU